CUUGGAUCUCGUCCUUGCCGUUGUAUUCGAAUGACAUGGAGAUUCAGUUUCUACCAACUAGCACUAUCCUAUCAUUCCUCACUAUUCGUAUUCUAAUUUUCCCGUAUAUUAUCAACCAUGCUAGCCAACGAAGGAUCCUCCAGGCCCCGUCCUCCAGCUCAGAUCCGCCGCUCACACUCUAUGUUCAACCAGAAAGGUUCUCCACCCCCGUCAUACGCCUCUUCGUUUGUGUUCCCUUCCCAGAAGAAGCCGUCGCGGUCCUCGUCGAGUACAUUGCUGGGAACGCCCGUCUCUGCGACUUUCCGGAGGAUAGAAUGUGAGGCGGGUAAAGUAGUAGCCGAAGAAGGUAAUAUGGAUUGGCUGAACGAAAAGUCGCGAGAGGAGCUGUCAGAUUUGUUGUUGAAAGCGGAUGGUCUCAUCAAGCAGCGCGAAACAGAACUUGAUCGCACCACUUCCCUAUGCAAGAGCCUCUACGAUGAUAACGUAUCUUUGAAGUCUAAACACCAAGACCUCUUUGCCUGUUUCCCAGGCAGCUUGUCACCUGCUGCAUCGUCUUCGCCAUCACCUAUCUCUCUUCAAUCGCCGCAUCUUUACACCAAUAGUAUUUCUCGUUCAACCUUUACACAACCAUCCAAAUCCGAUCUUUAUUCUACUCCCCAAACCGAUCUGCCUCGCCGUCGCGUUCGUAAAGUCUCCGUGCGUCUGGACGAUAUCAGCUUACUCGCCGACCAGAAUGAUGAGCUCCUUCAGAAAAUCGAGCGUCUUGAGACAGAAGCGGCUAGUGCGGACUUGUCGGGCAGACGGAUGCUCAGGCGGCUGGAGAAUGAGAUUCUUCAGUUAAGGGAGGAUCUUGAGAAAACGCGAGCAUGGAGCCAGGAAUUUGAGGAGAAGGCUGAACGGAUGGCACCAAUUGAAGCUGCUUGGCGGCGAAAACUGGAACAAGAGGCCAAGGUGGAAAUAUCUCAACCGAAGCCUGAUACCUCGGAAGAGGUAGAGGAAGAAAUCAGGGACUUUGCCCCAGGUGGAAUCCUCUCAGGGCCUUCAACGUCAUCCAUUCCGGAUGUCACUCCUUUGCCGGAGUCCACGCCUGAAAUGAUGGCUUUGGCAUGCAAUCCAGUCAUCGAUCCAUCAUUGAUCCACUCUGCCACUGUGGACUCCGCAACGCAAGCUCAGCCUGAGGCACCUCGAGUCCUAAUCGAGCCUGAACUCGCUAUCGUCUCUCAGCUACUGGCCAAAAUUCUCGAGCUGGAGGAAGCAAACCUUCGGAUAACGCGCCAACAGUCAGAAACGGCUACCAAGCUCAUUGCUGUCCAGCGGGAGACAGAGAACAUGAGCAAGGUCUACGAGUCGUUGAAUGAUUCCAAAUUGGAGUUUAUGGAAGGUUUUGAUACCACUCCUGAGAAGCCACGGACAACGGAUGACAGUACUAUUCGAUUCAAGAGCUUCAGAAAGUCGCUAGAAUGGGACGGUAGACGGCCCUUUACAGAUGAUUCUUUCCUCAACAUGGCAGGUACCCACAAGUCCCGUAAGUCCGUGAUGGGCCUCUUCGAGUCGCCAGACAUACCUGCAGAAACGUCGUCUCCGUAUAAGUCGAAAGGGCUCACCACGCCCUUCAAGACGUCCUCCCCCCAUCAUCAGCAUUCCUGGUCUACAGAAAGCAACGUGCAUUCCCCGACACUUUCUUCUGUCCAUUUUUCUUCUUCCGCUUGCUCCACCCCGCCACAAGGUUCCGAAACAUUGUCACCUUCGCCUUUCUUUGAGGAAACCCUCCAGAAUGAACUAGGCAGUCAAUUUGGUGAUGAUUGGGGUUUGAAUACCGGCUUUCAUCACCUCCGUUCGAGUAGCAUAUACGACCUCAGCCAGAUUUCUUCUCCCCCUUCGCCAUCACUCAUACCGCACAAUUUCAGCUCGCUAUAUUCCGCCGAUCUAGGUGUGGAUCGUGAGCUCCAAACACCCUUUCCGUCUAUGAAGGGUGGCAGCAUCCUACAGUUGACGCUGGAGCCUCCUGAUAAGAACGAAGAUGAAGGCCCGGCUUUGCGAAGGAAGCGAUCGCGAUUGAUGUCGCAGACCAUACGUUCUCGCACGACUCGCUGGGUUAACGGGCGGUUUACAGAUAAAGUGCUGAGCCCUCCCAGUUCUACAGCUGAACUGCUAUCGGAGGUCCCGCACAUUGAGGAGCCGGAGCAAGAAUUGGAGGUGAAGCAGGAGACAGAUACGGAAGAGACGCCUCGUGCAGAUCGACGAAAAUCUCUUCUGGUGGCAUUUGUUCCUCCUAUGCGGAUGCCUCGUAGACUCUCGCGCGCCCUUGACACUGUGGUCACGAAGUUUUCCGGUCAUGCGCGAGCUACUGAGGAGGAGUCUGAGGGUUCAUUGUUACAACCCGAAGUGCCACCAGGACUUGAGGAUCGAGUGGACGUCUAUGCUGACAAAACCAAAGUUGCAGAGACGAAAGGCUUUACCGGUGUUUUGGUAGAGCUGUGGUUGUGGCUGCAGUUUGCUAUCAUAAUUUUCGUGUUUUUGUGGGCGAUGGCGAAGAAGGGACCUAAAUCUGUGAUCGGAGACGCGGAGAAGCGGGUAGUAAGGAGGUAGGGAGGAGAGUUCUUGUUUGACUACCUAGACAUUGGUAUCAUACUGUUGUCACAUUCGUUUCUUUCUUUAUUUCUACACGUCUAU